AUGUGUAUCGUGGUCCUCACAACCGCGCACCCAGACUACGCCCUGAUUGUGAUCAACAACAGGGACGAGUACAUUCUGCGCCCGACGUCCCGCCCGCACUGGUGGACGCCGUCACCACAACCAAAAGACACCACAAGACAAAACCAAAAUCAAGACCAACAACAACAACAACAACAACAACAACCAGCAUCACCCCCACAAAUCCUCUCCUCUCGAGACCUCAACCGCCCGGAGCGCGGAACCUGGCUCGGCAUCACGCGGACCGGCAACUUUGCCUGCCUGACCAACUACAGCGAGGCGGACCCCGACGACGCCCGCCACAGCGUCCACGGCGUGCGGUCCCGCGGUGCAAUCGUCUCGGCCUGGCUGGCCGCCGACCCGGCCGAGCGCACCCCAGACUUUGUACAUCGCAUCCUCUCCGGCUCGGGCGUCAAGGGCGUCGGCGGCUUCAGCCUCGUGUGCGGCAAGCUCCGCCGCCGCCGCCGCCGCCACCCCCUCCAAAGAAACCAUUCCCCCCAGCGUGGCGCACGUUCCCCGCCUCCACCGGCGCUCGACCCCCUGGCCAUCAUCUCCAACCGCUCCGAGCACCCCGAGCACGUGCCGUACAUCGCCUCGCGGCCCUCCGAGACGCACGGCCUCAGCAACACCGUGUUCGACGCCCCCGGCCCGCCCUGGCCCAAGGUCUCGCGCGGCUGCGACCUGCUCAACCGCGCCGUCGCGUCUGCCGUCUCGGCGUCCCUGACCCAGGACCAGCUGGUCGCGUCGCUCUUCUCCGUCCUGAGCACCGACGACCUCCCGCGACUGGGAAACGACGCCGCCGCCUUUGAAGCCUACCAGCCCCUGCUGCGGACGAGCGUCUUCAUCCCGCCGCUGGGCCGGGACGAGAGCUGGCUCGAGACGCGAGACUUUGGCCCGGCCGAUAGGGACGCCGCCAUUGCCGCUCCUCACCCUACCCACCCGCAGCAGCAACAGCAUCAACAACAGCCACUACGACAACAACAACCUUCACCGCCCCUGGAACCCGCCGAGACCCUGCCACGUUCGGCAUCGAGCACGCCUCGGUCCGAAUCCAAGGCUCCCGCCUUCACCACGGGCAUGUACGGCACCCAGCGCCAGACCGUCAUCCUGGUCGACUGGGAAGGCAGCGUGCGCUACACAGAGCGCGCACUCUGGGACGACUUCGGCAACCCGCUUGCGCCGGGCGAGGGCGACGUCACGUUCCGCUUUCAGAUCGAAGGCUGGAACGGCGAGGACGACGAUGGUGAUGCCGAGGUGGGUAGCGACAAUAUGGGGAACGAUGAGCAGGCGUGCUGUUGA